AUGGCGGACAAGAACCAGCGCUACGGAGCCGUCCCGAGCCACGCGCGACUCGGCAUUGGCGCCAAGACGCCACCGCUCAGUCCGCUGAUGCUCCACGUGAACAAGCACACAAACGCCCUCAAGGGAUGGGAGUUCCCUGGAUGGGGCGACAACGCGUCAACAGUCGCAAGCGAGAGCGAGUUGAACGAGAUCCAAGCGCAGCUGUCGAUGGACCACCCGAAGCUCUCCGAGUGGCUCGCGACUGCCAUCUGCGGGAACGACAUCUUGUCGAGCUGUCUGUACGUCUCGGGCCUUGUGGCGUCCAAGGCGGGGAAACUAGCGCCAGUCGCUCUGGCCAUUGUCGCCGGUAUCCUGUACCUCUACCGGUUCAUCUACGGCGAAGUGCUGAACGCGGUGCCGCUCAACGGAGGCUCGUACAAUGUGCUGCUGAACACCACGUCCAAGCGCGUGGCCGCAAUGGCCGCGUCGCUCGCGCUCUUGUCGUACAUUGCAACGGGUGUGGUCUCGGGCACAUCGGCGUGCAACUACUUGACGUCGCACGUGCUGUCGAUGGAGGUCGUGCCGGCUACUAUUGGACUGCUCCUUCUCUUUGCACUGCUGAGUCUCGUUGGCAUCACGGAAAGUGCCGUCGUGGCGCUCGUGAUCUUCAUCGCCCAUGCUACGACGUUAGCAGUGCUCUGUCUCCUGUCGAUGGCGUACGUCGUGAAGGACGACUUCCGCACGCUACAAGCAAACUUUGCCACGGGCUUCCCGGACAUUAACCUCGCGGGCGAAACCAUGUCGGGGAACUUCCUCACUGCGAUCUUCUUUGGCACGUCGUCUGCGAUGCUCGGGAUCUCUGGCUUCGAGUCGUCGUCGCAAUUUGUCGAAGAGCAGGCUGAUGGUGUCUUCCCAAAGACCCUGCGGAACAUGUGGUGGGGUGUGGCGAUCUUCAACCCGAUGAUCGCUCUGCUGUCCCUUGGCGUGUUGCCACUGUAUGGCCCCGGGGGGAUCGUCGACAAGAAGGACACUGUCUUGGCUGAAAUGGGGCUGAAAGUCGCAGGCGAGAAGAUGCAGAUGGUGGUCGCGCUCGAUGCGUUCAUCGUGUUGUCGGGUGCAGUGUUGACUGCGUACGUUGGCGUUGUCGGCCUCACGCGUCGACUGGCCAGCGACCGCGUGCUGCCCGACUUUUUGCUGCACGUGAACAAGGCGCGCGGCACGAACCACUUUAUCAUCAUCGGGUACUUCCUCGUGGCCACCAGUCUCGUGCUGAUCUUGCACGGGGACACCGCAACUCUCUCGGGUGUCUACACGUACGCCUUCCUGGGCCUCAUGACGCUGUUUGGCAUUGGCUGCAUGCUGCUCAAGUUCAAGCGCGCGGAGAUCCCGCGCACAGUGAUCGCGCCCUGGUGGAGCUGCAUCUUGGGCGUGUCGAUGGUGAUGACCACGUUCAUGGGCAACUUGCUCGGCGACCCCACGAUCCUCACGUACUUCUCGCUGUACUUUAUCGCCGUGCUGGCACUUGUGUACAUCAUGUUCGAGCGCACGUUUUUGCUGCGCAUGUGCCUCUACUGCAUGCGUCGGCUCUGCCCCUCGCAGCGCAACAACAGCGAAGGAGAGACGCACUCGUUGCGAACGGGGGCGCGUGGCGGCCAGACGAUCGCGCGGUUCAUCCGCGUGAUCAACGAACCGGCCGUGUUCUUCUUCUGCAAGACCCCGAGCCUCAACGUCAUCAACAAAGCCAUUCUGUACGUGCGCACGAACGAGCAGACGCACACGCUGUUUAUCGUGCACUGCCACGCGCGCGGAACGGACGUGCCCGAGGGCUUCAAGGAGACCGUGUCCAUGUUUGACCACGUGUACCUGAAGAUUAAGCUCAACUUCCUGAGCGUCGAAGGCUCGUUUGGACCCGCGAUGGUCGAGUGGGUCUCCCGCAAGUACAGCCAGCCCAAGAACCUCAUGUUUAUCAAGCAGCCGAACUACGACUUUGCCCAUACCAUCGCCGCGCUCGGCGGUGUGCGCGUGAUUACGGGAUAA